AUGUCUCUAGCUGACUACCUGGCGAAGAACUACCUAACAGCAGACACGCUAUCCUCGGAGCGGCCGAAGAAGAAGCGCAAGAAGAACAAACAUGCCGAGGCCGAGGCUGCCAGCGGCGGAGGACUGAUAAUCGCAGAUGACGACCCUCCGUUACUGUCCAGCUCGGCCCAGACGUCGAGAUCCAGACGGCCAGGUAGAAAUGAUUCAGACGAAGACGAUGAAUUGUCAUACGCAGCACGGGGAGGGACAAGCAGCGAGUUUCGAAAAUCCAAGUCCUCGCAAUGGCGCUCUGUGUCUGGACCACAGCCUCCUACAAAUGAUGAGCAGAUCGCAGCAGACGCGAUAUUAGCAUCUGCAGCUGCGGAGCGGACAGCAGAGAUGGAGCCUGAUGAUGAUAGGCCCACGAUAGCUGAUGAAGACGACUCUACACCACGAAUGGAGUCUGGAAUGAGAGCCGGUCUGCAGACGGCUGCUGAUACUGCGGCCAUGGUAGCUGCACAGGAACGACAGCAGGCGCAGGAAGCCGAGAAAUUACGAAAGGACAGAAAGAAGAAAGGCAAGCAGGAAGUUGGCUUGGAGUCGGAAACGAUCUAUCGAGAUGCGUCUGGCCGGAUAAUAAACGUUGCUAUGAAGAGGGCCGAAGCGCGCAAGGCAGCGGAGGAGGCCGCCGCUGCCGAACGGGCUGCCAAAGAGGCGUUGACGGGUGAUGUGCAGAGGAAGGAGAAGGAGGCUCGCCGUCUGGCGUUGGAGGAAGCGAAGUUUAUACCGCUUGCGCGAACGGCGGAGGACGAGGAUCUGAAUACCGAGCUGAAGUCGAGACAGAGGUGGAAUGAUCCUGCAGCCGCGUUCUUAUCCGAGCCGAAGAGUGCUGGUGCCGGUUCUAGUGCUAGUGCUGGCGCCGGCGGAGGGAAGGUAUAUAAGGGGCCAUCUCCGCCGAAUCGAUAUGGAAUUUGGCCGGGCUUCAGGUGGGAUGGAGUCGACAGGAGUAACGGGUUUGAACAUAAAUGGUUCGAGGCACGGAAUCGACGGGGCAGGAUGGAAAACAUGGAAUAUGCAUGGCAGAUGGACGAGUAA